AUGGGAUCUAAAUUUAAUAGCAAAAUGAAGAAUAACAUUGCUAAUCAUGGAGAACAUUCCACAAGGUAUGAUACAAAAACAGUUAUACAAACAAAAAAUAAACAUAUAUUCAAAAAAUUGUCUGUACGUUUGGAUCCUCCAAUCAUUAUGAGUAGAUUGAAAAAGUAUGCUAGAAAACUCCCAGAGACUAUAGAGGAGCCUACCUUUGGACUGUAUAAAAGAUACCCUAAACGGAGAAAAAUAGAGCGUAAUCAAGAGGAGCUUAUCAAGAGUAAAUACAUAGGUCCAUUUGAUUUGGAUUAUCUUACUGGAAAUUCCAUUAAUAUCUCCCGUAAACUUAAGUUUACCAAACCAGUUAACCAAACACUAUUUUCAAAAUUGAAGCCAGAUAUUGUUUUAGAUUUUAUUAAACAGUCAUCCGUAAAUAAAAUCACAAAGCUAUUGGAUUUAAUGUAUACUGAAUCUAUUAAAAAUUAUAUGCUCUUCAACGAUUUAACUAGACGUGAACAAAGUAAACGAAUUUUUAUUGAAUUUGAAAAAUAUUUAUUUGAAUUAUGUUACAAAAAAUUCUGUGAAUUAUGGCUACAAAAAACACCUAAAGUUUCAUUAUUAUCCUCGAAACAGUUCAGACGAUUCAUACAAACACUACUUAAACAUAUAAGAUGCAAAACAACUAUAUGUAAUAUGAAUUUAAAAAAAUUAAUACUAAACAAUAGAGGUUUAACAGGGUUUCGUAAGAAACCACUCUUAAUACUAUGUAUUAAUAUAAUUUGUAGCUUCUUCAACACUAUAUCGAGGAAAUGUUCUAGAAUGAUUCGCAUGCGAUAUAAAAAAAAGGCGAAUUGCAAAAGUUAUAUUAAUAAUGUACAUUCUAUAAAACUCUACCACAAAGGCACAACAAAAAGAAAAGAUUUUUUGGAGAUUGUUGAUGAAUACAAGCAAAUAAUAAAUGCCGAUAGACUAAGUUUUAAUCAAGUGGCUGACAUAAAACAUGCUUAUGAAGGUAUACUUGAACCUGGACAAUGCAUAGAUAAAGCAGAUUUAGAAAAAUGUGCAAAUGAAAAUUAUGAUUUUAACAAAUUUCAAGAUGGCACUAAAAUAAACCACACUGACACUAUAAUUUCUGAAGAUCUCAAUAUAAGUAAUAAUGAUGACUUUGAUUUUGAUGAUAUUGAUCAUACACCACCGAGUUUAUUAAAAUUAUUGAGAAAUAUUCCUAAUCCCUAUAUCAAUAACUAUUUAUACUAUGAUAACAUUCUAGGACAUUCACUUGCAAAAGUAGGUUUAUCUCCUAAUCAUUUUGUUCCCAACAGUAAUAGUAAUAACAUGGCAACUACUGAAGACAAAUUAAGAAAAGGGUUCAUUAAUUGUUUAGAACAAGAUAAAACUGUCAUAGUUAAUGAAGAUAUGGACAUUUCUGUCGAUAAUUUUGAGGGUGCAACAAAAUAUUCAGGAGCAGGAGGUUCUUCCAAUCACGGUUUUAACGAUGAUAAAUGUACAGAACAUAUACCUGAGUUGGUUAAAGAAGUUCAAUCUCAUAACUCUGUUAUUCUCAAAGACAAUAAGAAUUAUGUAGAAACUACUAAAGAUAAUUCAAAAAAUGGAUCCAUAGAAGCAAUAGAGAAAGAAGCUCAUGUCAAAAGUACUUCCAGUGAAGACCAUAACAUCGAAAAUGAAACUCCGAAACAUUCUUUGACAGUAGUAAAACCGUUCAUAAAUUGUUUAGUACAUAAAAGAACAGCCAUAGUUAAUCAAGAUAUCGUCAUUUCUACCGGUGAUGUACAGAAAACAACUGUUACAAAAUAUUUAUUUCAAAAUAAAUUAUUAUCACAUCCUAAACAAUUAACUAGUUUAGCAAAAAGAAUGUUAUCAAUUAUUAUUUAUUCGGAAAUAAAUCUGCAUAAAAUAAAUUGGAAAAGGUAUCCACGUUCAACGAAAGUAUUGUUAUAUCAAAUUAUUGUGUACUUUAAAAGUUUUAAAAAGACACUUUGCGAUAAGCUGAACUUUGACCGCUUGAGUUUAAGAGAAAACAAUAUAUAUAAUAGAAUUGAUAUUGAGAAACUAUUGAAAUCAAUUCAAGUUGAAACCUGUGUAUUGAAAAAAUAUUUUACAUUUCCCGAGGCAGGAAAUUAUUUGAUUUGGCCUAUAGGUAAAAUGAUUGUUAAUAAUGUUAUUUCACGAAAGAGUCCAAUUAUGAUGAUUUUAUCUAUGUUUGUUAAAGAUAUCAUAACAAAAUUCUAUGAAAAGGUGAAUGAAUUUUUACACAAAUCUGGUCUGAGAAUUGUACUGAACAAAGAAUCUCUUUUUCAGAGUUUAUCUUAUACUCGGAUAAAAAAAUAUGGUCUUAAUACAAAGCUACAUUUGAAAUAUGAACCAUCAUCAGUCGAUAAUAAAGAAACUAAAGAAUUGCAAGUCGAACCAAAUAUAAAUGUUCAAAAGGACCCAUUGGACACCAAUAAUGUUGAUAUGUUUCUUGUUACUUCCAAUACAUCCACACCUAAUGAAUCAAAUAAUAUUCAAAUUGAUAAUUUAGAUACUCGAUUUUCAAAAUUCAAGAGUGAUAUUAUUCUAGAGUUGAGUAAUUCAAUAAAUGAAAUUAAUGAAAUUAGACCUUUGGAUUUAUACAAACAUAUUGAUUGUUUGGAUGAAAAUAAUCCAUUUGAUAAUGCUUUUAUAGAUGACAUGAUAAAUGUCGGAUAUGUGCCUACUCCACGCGACAAAUGGUUCUAA